AUGUAUGUGACCAAUUUGAUUUAUAGGUUCCAAAUUCUCAUUACUAUCGCUAAAUCCAUAAACGUGUCAUACAAUCAACCUCGGUUUAGUUCCUGUGCAAUAUGGGAUGUAAACGCGAGCACGAUAAUCACUAGUACUCCGAUUGGAUCCUCCCCCUAUGGCCUCUUUAUCAAUACGAACAAUACAAUUUACAUAACAUCACGAAAGAAGAAUAACGCUCAGAUAUGGCCUGAGGGCGCAAUCAGUUCAACUAAUAUUUCUUUAUUUAGUUUGAAUGCUUCUGCUGGAAUUUUCGUUACUAAUACAAAGGAUAUUUACAUUGAUAAUGGGCUUUACAACAAUGUAGUUGUGAUGUGGCCAUACAAUCAGAUGACCAGUAGAAUCGUUAUGAAUGUAUCUGGACGGUGUCAUUCUCUUUUUGUCGAUAUUAACAAUACUCUUUACUGUUCCAUGGGAGAUUUACAUCAAGUUGCCAGGAAAUCAUUGAAUACUAGCGCUGAUAUAUUACCAACAGUUAUUGCAGGCAGUGGAGUAAGCGGAUCAGCGGCAAAUCUACUUGCAAAUCCGUACGGUAUCUUUGUUGAUACUAACUUUGACUUGUAUGUCGCCGAUAGUUCAAAUAAUCGUAUUCAAGUUUUUCAUCGUGACCAACCAAAUGGCACAACUAUUGUUGGCAUAGGAUCAUCAAAUAGCUUUGCACUGAACAAUCCAUCGGAUGUGACACUCGACGCAGAUGCUUAUCUAUUUAUUGUAGAUAAGGGCAAAAAUCGCAUCAUUGGAUCGGGACCGUAUGGAUACCGGUGUAUUGCUGGAUGUUCAGAAAUAAGCGAUUCAACACCUGAUACACUUUCAGGACCGUUUGUUAUCGCUUUUGACAGUCACGGCAAUUUGUUUGUGCUCGACGCGAAUAAUGCUCGAGUUCAAAAAUUUACUCUCAAAAACAAUUCCGUCGCUUGUAUUGAUCCAACAACAAUACAAACAUCAACUACACUAGAGGACAGUACAACUUCGGUGCAAUUAACAACAACACACGUUGAAUCGACCGAAAUUGUCACGACAGCCAUUGAGACGUCAACGACUUCUUUAUUCAAUGACCAAUCCACCACAGUUGUAACAGUGAUGACUAGUUAG